GGAGGGUCCCUGCCUCCCAGCCCCCAGAUUGGGACGUGGGGGCGGGGGAACAACGGGGCACGGAACAGCCUUCCCUCAACAUGGGGCUGGAGGCCCAGAGGCUGCCAGGGGCUGAGGAGGCCCCAGUGAGGGUGGCCCUUCGAGUCCGCCCAUUGCUGCCCAAGGAGCUGCUACACGGGCACCAGAGCUGCCUGAGGGUGGAGCCGGGGCACGGCCAAGUCACUUUGGGCCGGGACCGCCACUUUGGCUUCCACGUAGUGCUGGACGAGGACGCCGGGCAGGAGGCUGUGUACCAGGCCUGCGUGCAACCCCUCCUCGAGGCUUUUUUUGAGGGCUUCAAUGCCACCGUCUUUGCCUACGGUCAGACAGGCUCCGGGAAGACGUACACCAUGGGGGAGGCCAGUGUGGCCUCCCUUCACGAGGACGAGCAGGGCAUCAUCCCACGGGCCAUGGCUGAGGCCUUUAAGCUGAUUGAUGAGAAUGACCUGCUUGACUGUCUGGUGCACGUGUCCUACCUGGAAGUGUACAAGGAGGAGUUCCGAGACCUGCUGGAGGUGGGCACCGCCAGCCGUGACAUCCAGCUUCGGGAAGACGAUCGUGGGAAUGUUGUGCUGUGUGGAGUGAAGGAGGUGGACGUGGAGGGCCUGGAUGAGGUGCUGAGCCUCCUGGAGAUGGGCAAUGCAGCGCGGCACACGGGGGCCACACACCUCAACCGCCUCUCCAGCCGCUCACACACUGUGUUCACCGUGACCCUGGAGCAGCGGGGGCGCGCCCCCAGCCGCCUCCCCCGACCUGCCGCAGGCCAGCUGCUCAUCUCCAAGUUCCACUUCGUGGACUUGGCAGGCUCAGAGAGGGUGCUCAAGACAGGCAUCACAGGCGAGCGGCUCAAGGAGAGCAUCCAGAUCAACAGCAGCCUCUUGGCGCUGGGCAAUGUCAUCAGCGCCCUGGGUGACCCGCAGCGCCGCGGCAGCCACAUCCCCUACCGGGACUCCAAGAUCACCCGGAUCCUCAAAGACUCCCUGGGCGGGAAUGCCAAGACAGUGAUGAUCGCCUGCGUCAGCCCUUCCUCCUCGGACUUCGACGAGACUCUCAACACCCUCAACUACGCUAGCCGCGCCCAGAACAUCCGCAACCGCGCCACUGUCAACUGGCGGCCCGAGGCCGAGCGGGCAUCCGAGGAGGCAGCCGCUGGCCCGCGGGGGCCGCCUAGACACCGCUCGGAGACGCGCAUCAUCCACCGGGGCCGGCGCGCCCCGGGCCCCACCGCCGCGGCCGCCGCCCGCCUGGGCGCCGAGUGCGCUCGCUACCGGGCCCGCACCGACGCCGCUUACAGCCUCCUGCGGGAGCUACAGGCCGAGCCUGGGCUGCCUGGCGCCGCCGCCCGCAAGGUGCGCGACUGGCUGUGCGCCGUCGAGGGCGAGCGCAGCGCCCUAAGCUCCGCCUCCGGGCCCGACAGCGGCAUCGAGAGCGCCUCCUCCGAGGAGCAGGCCAUGCAGGGACCCGGCGGAGGAAAGGAAGAUGAGGGGGCACUGCAGCUGCUGGCCCUGCAGAGCCAGGUGGCCCGGCUGGAGGAGGAGAACCGAGACUUUCUGGCUGCGCUGGAGGACGCCAUGGAGCAGUACAAACUGCAGAGCGACCGUCUUCGUGAGCAGCAGGAGGAGAUGGCAGAGCUGCGGCUGCGGCUGGAGCUGGUGCGGCCUGGCUGGGGGGCCCCAGGGCUCUUGCAGGGCUUGCCUCCUGAGUCCUUUCUGCCCCGGCCUCACACGGCCCCCCUGGGGGGUGCCCACACCCGUGUGCUGGGCAUGGUGCCCCCUGCCUGCCUUCCUGGAGAUGAAGUUGGCCCUGAGAAUUGGGGAGAGCGGGUGACAAAUGGCGGGGAGGCUGGAGCCAAGUUGCUGGCAGAGGGAGAGAGGCUGGGAAGUGGCUCUUCAGCUGCAUCAGAGGAAGAGGAGGAGCGUGGGGAGGAGGAGCCACCCCGACGGAUCCUGCACCCACGCAGGAAUAGGAUCAGUAAGGGGAGCCAGAGGAUGGGGGCCCGCCCAGGGAGUCCACUCAACAGGAAGGGCCCAGAGCUUCGCCUGGAGGAGCUGGGUGCAACCAUCCCGGGGCCCAGAGUGGUUGGUGGGAGCCAAGCCCUGGUUCAGCCCCGCCAGGCCCCCACUGCCAUGGCCUCUGAGUGGCGGCUGGCCCAAGCCCAGCAGAAGAUCCGUGAGCUGGCCAUCAACAUCCGCAUGAAGGAGGAGCUCAUAGGCGAGCUGGUCCGCACAGGGAAGGCGGCCCAGGCCCUGAACCGCCUGCACAGCCAGCGCAUCCGGGAGCUGGAGCAGGAGGCAGAGCGGGUGCGGGCUGAGCUGAGUGAAGGCCAGAGGCAGCUGCGGGAGCUUGAGGGCAAGGAGCCCCAGGAUGCCAGCGAGUGUUCGCAGCUCCAGGAGUUCCGCAAGAGGGUUGCUGCUGCUCAGAGCCAAGCGCAGGUGCUGAAGGAGAAGAAGCAGGCGACAGAGCGGCUGGUGUCGCUGUCGGCCCAGAGCGAGAAGCGGCUGCAGGAGCUGGAGAGGAAUGUGCAGCUCAUGCGGCAGCAGCAAGGGCAGCUGCAGAGGCGGCUUCGUGAGGAGACAGAGCAGAAGCGGCGCCUGGAGACAGAGAUGAACAAGCGGCAGCACCGUGUCAAGGAGCUGGAGCUGAAGCACGAGCAGCAGCAAAAGAUCCUGAAGAUCAAGACAGAAGAGAUUGCGGCAUUUCAGAGGAAGCGGCGCAGCGGAAGCAACGGCUCUGUUGUCAGCCUGGAGCAGCAACAGAAGAUUGAGGAGCAGAAGAAGUGGCUGGACCAGGAGAUGGAGAAGGUCCUACAGCAGCGGCGGGCCCUGGAGGAGCUAGGGGAGGAGCUCCACAAGCGGGAAGCCAUCCUGGCCAAGAAGGAGGCCCUGAUGCAGGAGAAGACGGGGCUGGAGAGCAAGCGCCUGCGGUCCAGCCAGGCCCUCAACGAGGACAUUGUGCGUGUGUCCAGCCGGCUGGAGCACCUGGAGAAGGAGCUCUCCGAGAAGAGCGGGCAGCUGCGGCAGGGCAGUGCCCAGAGCCAGCAGCAGAUCCGCGGGGAGAUCGACGCCCUGCGCCAGGAGAAGGAUGCGCUGCUGAAGCAGCGGCUGGAGAUUGAUGGCAAGCUGAGGCAGGGCAGCCUGCUGUCGCCUGAGGAGGAGCGGACGCUGUUUCAGCUGGACGAGGCCAUCGAGGCCCUGGACGCUGCCAUCGAGUACAAGAACGAGGCCAUCACGUGCCGCCAGCGGGUGCUGCGGGCCUCGGCUUCCUUGCUGUCCCAGUGCGAGAUGAACCUCAUGGCCAAGCUCAGCUACCUCUCAUCCUCGGAGACCAGAGCUCUACUCUGCAAGUACUUUGACAAGGUGGUGACGCUCCGAGAGGAGCAGCACCAGCAGCAGAUUGCCUUCUCGGAGCUGGAGAUGCAGCUGGAGGAGCAGCAGAGGCUGGUCUAUUGGCUGGAGGUGGCUCUAGAGCGGCAGCACCUGGAGAUGGACCGCCAGCUGACCCUGCAGCAGAAGGAGCACGAGCAGAACAUCCAGCUCCUCCUCCAGCAGAGUCGAGACCACCUUGGUGAAGGGUUAGCAGACAGCAAGAGGCAGUAUGAGACCAGAAUUCAAGCUCUGGAGAAGGAGCUGGGCCGCCACAUGUGGAUCAACCAGGAACUGAAACAGAAGCUCAGUAGUUUGAAUGCUGCCGGCCAGAGCAGGGUGACAGGUGGGGAGAAGAGGACCCUGUGCCCGGAGAACAGACAAGCCCCUGGAAGUGAAGACGAGCCCCACCUGGCACCUGAGCCUCUGUGGCAGCCCCCCAUCACUGAGGGUGUGCCCCGUGCCCGUGAGGAGAUGCGGGACUUGGUCCGUGCCCCAUUACCGUUGACGUGGAAACGCUCGAGCCUGUGCAGCGAGGAGCAGGGUUCCCCUGAGGAGCUACGGCAGCGGGAGGCCGCUGAACCCUUGGUGGGGCGGAUGCUGCCUGUAGAUCCCAUCGACCACAGAUGAGCAGGAAGUGAUUGUGUGCCAGCUCCUGUCACUGUCUUCAAGAAGCUGAAGUCAUUUGGUAGGAUUUCGGGGGUCUUUUGGUUCAAAUACACAUAAGUUCUAAAGUGGUAUUUCUCUGGGAAGGGCGUGUGACACUGCGGGGACAAAAGCAUCCCGAGCUGUGGCAGUCCCUACGACUCCUGCAAGAUGCCAGUGCCUGAAAACCCCGAGCUAGCUUGGGGUAGAGCUAACCACAGGAUAGAAGUUUGAUCCUGGUAACAUCUCUAGGACCUUCAACAAAUUACCUCUGGUGUCUUUACACUGAGAGGAGGGUGCCUUCCCGUGGAACAGCAGCGGAGAGUGGGUCAGCGCCUGCAGACCGCUGGCAGAGAGGCAGCUCCACACAGCACAGCCGGGAGGCGGGGUGGCACCUGCAGCAACAGCACGGUCAGCACAGCCCGCGGCCCUCACACGGAAGCCCCAGCCUUCCUGGUAGGCGUCUCUGCAGUGCCUCCUGGCCAACACACCUGACAGAGCUGCGCGGCGGCCAACUCACCUGAAACAAACACCUCGUCGCCUGCCGUGGAGGGGAGCUGUUGCACACCCGUGCCUGGAGACCUGUCUUCACUCUUACCGACUUGGGAGUCUCCUCUCUGCUUGUCACAGACUCUUUUGGUUUGACACUCAGCCUCCUCCUUGGCAGAAAGGAGCCUCUUCCGAGAUCCCAACCCAAACUGUCCCCAGGAGAAGGCUUCCUCAGCCGUAGGCUCACUGUCCCUGGGAGGUGACUGGUCUGGCAGCUGACACACCCCCUCGAGCUCAAAAUCCCCCAAGAUGGGGGUCUUGGUGAUGCUGAGUUCAAGGCCUCGCUCCUUCCCCUCCGGCUCCAGCAGCAACACUCCCCCAGGAAGGUCCAUACCGACCUCGCUCCUUCCCGCAGAGCAGCCGAGCGUGCAGUCCACGGCCCUCUUCCGGCGGGGCCAGCCUUUAAUUGUGUCAGGAGUUGUCUUCCCGCUGUGCUUGGGGGAUGGUGUCCAAGGAACCCCGACUUCUGUCUGAAAUGGAGAGGGGGUACUAGAGGGGC